GGAGCGCCCGGCCCGGCCAUGGCCGCGGGGGCCGCCGCGGGGGGCGCGCGGUGAGUGGAGCGCGGCGCCCUCGGGGCGGAUGGAACGCGGCGCGGCGGGCGGGCGGAGCCGGCGUCAGCGGCUGGAAUGGUGCUGGAGCGGCCGAAGCCCGCGUUCUGAAGCCCGAGAGGAGCCACAAUGGAGACGCCGCCGUUGCCUCCCGCGUGCACAAAGCAGGGUCACCAGAAGCCUCUCGAUUCAAAAGACGACAAUACUGAGAAACACUGCCCAGUGACAGUGAAUCCGUGGCAUAUGAAGAAAGCUUUUAAAGUCAUGAAUGAGUUAAGAAGUCAAAAUUUGCUGUGUGAUGUCACAAUUGUGGCUGAAGACAUGGAAAUCUCUGCUCAUAGAGUGGUGCUGGCUGCCUGUAGUCCUUAUUUUCACGCCAUGUUUACAGGUGAGAUGAGUGAGAGCCGAGCCAAGAAAGUUCGAAUAAAAGAGGUAGAUGGCUGGACCCUGCGGAUGCUAAUUGAUUAUGUUUACACUGCAGAAAUUCAGGUUACAGAAGAAAAUGUUCAGGUGCUCCUCCCAGCAGCUGGUCUGUUACAGUUACAGGAUGUGAAGAAGACUUGUUGUGAAUUUUUGGAGUCUCAGCUUCACCCUGUCAACUGCUUAGGAAUCCGGGCCUUUGCUGACAUGCAUGCGUGCACCGAUCUCGUGAACAAGGCCAACACCUAUGCAGAGCAACAUUUUGCAGAUGUUGUUCUUAGUGAAGAAUUUCUCAAUCUUGGCAUUGAACAAGUGUGCAGCUUAAUCUCAAGUGACAAACUCACCAUCUCCUCAGAAGAGAAGGUGUUUGAAGCAGUAAUAGCUUGGGUGAACCAUGACAAGGAUGUAAGGCAAGAAUUUAUGGCUCGGCUGAUGGAACAUGUACGGUUACCUUUGCUUCCCCGGGAGUAUUUAGUUCAGAGGGUUGAGGAGGAGGCUUUGGUCAAGAACAGCAGUGCUUGCAAAGAUUACCUCAUUGAAGCCAUGAAGUACCAUUUGCUGCCAACGGAGCAACGUAUGUUGAUGAAGAGUUCCCGGACCCGUCUGAGGACACCCAUGAGCCUUCCCAAAGUGAUGGUGGUGGUGGGGGGCCAAGCACCAAAGGCUAUCCGAAGUGUGGAGUGCUACGACUUCAAAGAAGAGCGGUGGCACCAGGUCGCCGAGCUACCUUCCAGGAGGUGUAGGGCAGGGAUGGUCUACAUGGCCGGGCUCGUGUUUGCUGUGGGCGGCUUCAACGGCUCCCUGCGAGUGCGCACCGUGGACUCCUAUGACCCUGUGAAGGACCAGUGGACCAGUGUGGCUAACAUGCGCGACCGGAGGAGCACCCUGGGGGCUGCCGUGCUCAACGGGCUGCUGUACGCGGUGGGGGGCUUCGACGGGAGCACAGGUUUGUCGUCGGUAGAGGCCUACAACAUCAAGGCCAAUGAGUGGUUCCACGUGGCCCCGAUGAACACGCGUAGGAGCAGCGUGGGCGUUGGCGUGGUUGGAGGUCUGCUCUAUGCGGUAGGGGGUUAUGAUGGGGCUUCACGGCAGUGUCUGAGCACCGUGGAGUGCUACAGCUCUGCAGCAAAUGAGUGGACCUACACAGCAGAAAUGAGCACGAGGCGGAGUGGAGCAGGUGUUGGUGUGUUAAACAACUUACUGUAUGCUGUAGGGGGUCAUGAUGGUCCUUUAGUGCGAAAAAGUGUUGAAGUAUAUGAUCCCAACACCAAUUCAUGGAGACAGGUUGCAGAUAUGAACAUGUGCAGAAGAAAUGCAGGAGUUUGUGCAGUUAAUGGCCUGUUAUAUGUAGUUGGAGGGGAUGAUGGUUCCUGUAACUUGGCUUCAGUAGAAUAUUAUAACCCAACGACUGAUAAAUGGACCGUUGUGUCAUCUUGUAUGAGCACAGGGCGAAGUUAUGCAGGAGUCACAGUUAUUGAUAAACCAUUAUGAGCAUGAAGGACAUUUUCAGCAUAUUUAUACAUGGAAAAAGACUUAAAUAGGUAUUUCUGAAGUGACUGGAAAUCUAGCACUGCUCCACUUGUGACUGCACUUUAAGUUUCAGCAGAAGACACAACCGUCUGCCUUUACAGGCCUCGAUGCUGAAGAUUAUUUCUGGUAGAAGCUCCGUAUAGGCUUUUUCUGCAGUGAGUAGCAGCUGACUGAAUUUUACUGACACCUGCCCACAGCACUGGCCCUGCCCUGCUGUCUUAGACAUCAGUUGCUCUCAUGAAGACUAGUUCUUAUCCACCUUGGAUGGCUAUGGAUUGUUUUGUGAAGGUGGAUAAAGUAACGUGUUCUUGUAAAAUUUAAAUUGAACUUUAUUCCUUCUCCUGAAAUCUGUAUACACAGAAACUGAAAAUCUUUGAAUAGGUAUUAAAAUCCAUGUAAGUAUGCAAACUAGUUGAGGGAUAAAACUUUGCUUUUAUAAAAUAUUUGAUUACAUGAGUAUAAUAAAUUGUGUGCAUAUAAAUGUGUGUCUAUAUGCUUUCCUUUAACUAUGUUUGAAAGAUGUUUGAAAUUUGAUUAUACUAUUUAUAAUUGGCACAGUACUUUGAAUUAUGCCAGUACUACAUUGUAAAACAGAGUUGUAUAUUUUGAUAUUUAACAAUGCUUAACACUUUAAAAUGCCACUUCCAAGGAAUGAACAUGGUGUAACACACGUGAAGAUGUGUGAUGCCAAACUUUUUAAAAUAAAAUAUAAAUUAUGCUUAUUUAUUAUUUUCUUCAGUUUAAUCUUAGUCAUGUUUUGAAGUGUAUUUUUAAUUUCUUAAAGUAACACUUUGGCAUGAACAUUACUGCAGGUUUUUGAUGAAUAUCAUGAAUGUAUGGAAUUCAACUGAAUUUGCAUGGUCUUAAGAAUUUUUUCUGUGUGUAUACAUUUAGCUAUUAACAGAAGAGAACUUUCUGUGAGUAGCCAUGUAUGUUGAUCAGAUACAAUUUUUCUGAGAUCUUCAAUUAGUCUCACUUUAAAAAUGACCAAAACAUGUCUUUCUUGAAUUAUCUUUGAAUAAAAGUUUGUAUAUUAUUUAUUUCA